AUGCCUGCGCCUCUCACUUUCUCUCCCAUCGCUGCGUCUCAGCCUCGGCGGGACCCCCAGGUAGCAGUGCCCACGGCGCGCAGAUCGAAUCCUAUCACGAACUACAUGACUCCUCUCCCUCACGGUACAACACGGCGGUCAAGACCACCGAGUCCGCUCGCAGACGAUGUAUUCUCAAUUUCAAAGCGCACCACCCCAGCGCCACUCAAACGAAAGUCAGAGGAGGUCAGUUUCGACCCGUCGGAGCGUGCGUCGAAGAAGCGAGAAUUGGGACAGGUGGGGAGCAGCACCAAGACACACAAAGACGCGCGCGGGGUCUCCAGUCGCAAAGCUCCAACGCCAGACGGUACGGUGAAGAAUGGCAUCAGAUGGGUAGACCUCAAAACCACCCCGACGCCCCAGAAGCAUUCCAAAACACCAAUCCUGGUCAGACACCACAAGCAGACAAAUGCGCCCGAAUCCUCGAACGGGAUGGCACAAUUCAAGACACCUAUCGUCGAACACCAAUUACCGCGAGACGCCUUCGACGCGCUCGUCUCGUUCUCGAGAACCAAUGCAUUAGCGCAGCCCCCCAAAAACAUCAGCCUCGCCUACACGAUCGUCGCUGACGCCAACACCGACAACCGGCAGCACGUGGCGCAGGUCGUCAAAGUCCUCCGCGCAACAACCAAGCUGCAGUUCUCGUACGCUCGUCUCACUCCCUCCCUCCGAGGCCCUGCCCUCGCGGCGCUCGUCCAAUCCAGACUCACCCUGCUGAUGACUUGGGCGCCGCCGGACAGCUCGCAGGUCGACUUUGUCAACGUCGCGAUCAGCAACGGCACCCCUGAGAAACCGGGGCUGGUACAGAAUAAAUACCAUUGCCAGUGUCCCCUGGGCAGGGUCCCCUCGGCCCAAUCCCCGAACUCGACGUCGAACAACUGCAAUGGAUGGGUGUACGUGCGAAGCAUGAACGUCACCUCGUACCCGGUCGGUAUCCGUGGGCAGAGGGUGGAGAUCGCCGUUGAGCAUUCAUAA